GUUAGAGCAUGUGGACAGCAUGCUGACCAUUUCGUGGGCGGAUAUAAUGAUCCAAGGGUGUCCCGGGAGUUUGGAAACGAGUCGAACCACUGGAUCACAGGACCACAUAACGCCUAUUUCUUUCCCAAUACGCACGAAAGGCACGAACGGUACGAAAGCCGACUAGCACCACGUCGCUAAUUCUUGUCAGCCCUCAACACAGAAAGGUCGCCAAGUUUCCACACUUAGAAUAAAGCCUUGGCCUGUCUCACACACACAUCAAAAACAAGGGAGGUAUUAGACAAUGAUGACCGCCAAACCGCCAACACCACCAGACUCACCAUGCUCUGUUCAAUCCUUGGAUGUUGAAAAAGCCGCAGUCAUGGCAACAACAGCACAGCCAAACACCACCGCCGGGGCCGCAAUUUACAUGCCCAUACUACUCCGCUACAUCUACGACCCCGUCGUCCUCGGCUUCUACUGCCCAAAAGCAUGGCGAAUUACUUCAAGACGGAUGCGAGAGUUCUUCAACAGGCACAUCUCCAGCGCCGCGGCUCGCUCACAGUCACCCGGCCUACGCAGAACACCGGACGCCGCCUUCUCACCGUGCCGGAUACUGGACAUUGGUGUCGGUACGGGGUAUUUCCUCAAGCAUGCGCCCAUAGCAGCUGGUUCAGAAGUCUAUCUCGCCGAUCUCAACCCCGCGGCCCUCAAAGCAGCCAAAGAACGAACGCUAGUGGCGCAUCCUAAGACGAGCUGCGAGACCUCCGUCGCCGACUUUCUGAAUCCUCUUGGCAAGGGGUUGUGUUGCAAGGACCUUGGCGGAGGCGACUUUGAUGCAAUUUCUGUCAUGAUGCUGUUGCACUGCGUGCCUGGUCCGCCGUCCAACAAGGCCGAGGCGUUGACGCGAUUACGGCAUCUGCUGGCGCCGGGCGGUACGGUAUUUGGGAUGACGAUUCUGGGACGGGGCGUGAAGCAUAACCUGAUGGGAAAGCACCUCAUGUUCUGGCACAACUUACUUGGUGUGUUUGGGAACACCGAGGACGAUGUGGAGGGCUUUGUUGGACCGUUGAUGGAUGUGUUUGAGGAUGUCAGGUGGGAGGUUUGUGGGACGAUGCUCUUGUUCGAGGCUAGUAAGCCAAGGUCGCAAACACGGGACUUAGCUACGAGUAUACAUCUCUCAUGAAACGCAUGAUAUGGAGAUAGGGUAGUCAGAAGAAGCGGUCUGAGGUUGUCAGAUUGUAAGAAUGGCGGAUGUAUAUGUUGACGAGACACAUGAAGAAAUAAUGACCAAAGA